AUGGGCAGCCAUGGGGAUUAUGAUGCCCUCAUACCUUUACGAGACUUCCUCCCCGCGAUGAAGUCAGGGAAUACCAGCUAUAAAGAAUCAACACCAUCAGAUGCUCCAAUAGCACCUCACCGAGUCAGCAUCGACUCAAGCGGCAGCAUACGAAUCAACGAAGAUGGAAAAUCCAGCUCUCAAUCCGUACGCCGCGAACCCGUAAUAGGGCGCGACAGAUCAACUGCUAUUCGCUACUUCCUUCAAUUCCAUAUAAUCCCACUCGCAGUCGCAGCAACCCUAAUCGUGAUAAACAUUCAAUCCCGAUUCCUGGGGAUAGAUACCCAGUGGACUAAUCUGCUCCAAUUCAUCGCCAAACUUCACGAAAUAUUGAUGCAGAUCUCGAUCACCACGGCGAUGAUUGGGUAUCAGCAAUACCUACUCACUCAGUCGAAUUCUGCGGUGCCGUUUGGCGCCAUUUUCUCUGCAUAUCAUGCGACGCAGGUAGGAUAUUUGUGGUCUUCUGAGUUCCGGGCCAGUGUGACGACGCCGCGGUUCCCCAUGCUAUUGAAAACGGGGUUUGUGUUGUUUGUUGCGGGGAGUAUUUUGCUUGCUUCUGGGGUUGGACCGGCGAGCGCUAUUGCGAUGUUACCGAGACUCGUUAGUUAUCGCAUAGCAAAUUAUCGAUUAGGGCUGGAUCAUGCCUAUGGUGAUGUCUUUCCGAUGGCCCUUACACAGCCCGGUGCGCUUUUGGAAGAUAGUAUCUUCAAAUCAAACGAACAAUCUCCCGCUAUCGGCUGGGAAUACCUCCGAGGCCUUCCAAGCGUUGGCCCGGAUCGAUCCACGUUAGUCGGCAUACAGUCCGUGAAUCAAGACCUAGGAAAUGGAUAUGCAAAAUCUGUUUACGAGAUGCCACCGCUAUACUCAGUCGACCUUCCGACUAUCACUCCGCAUGCUGAAACCAGGUCGGAGACGUUCACGAGGACUUUAUAUGUGCAGUAUGCGCCCAAUAGUACGGUGGCGACUGUGCAGCAAGCACCAGUUGCAGCGGGUCUGUCCAUGGCAGCUGUUAGAUCUCUCGGGGAAGUAGAUUAUCGAGCUACAACAGGGGAAGCCAGGAUUCAGAUUGCGCAUCCGUUUGUGAGCUCGAUUUGUGUGUUGAAUGCGAUUAUGAAUGAGAAUGAUACCCGCGCUCUUAAAUUUCCGGCAGCCUUUCUUGCUUCAAAUGAUGCCACGGAAGUUGAUACCGUAACUUACAUUAAUAUCACUCGACAACAGCUCUGGGCCCAAAUGCUGGAUCAAGGCCAAGGACAAAUCAUCUGGGUCGACGAUGUCUCCUUUUCCGCGGAUCGGACGCUGGGCGCCAUCGUCGUACAGUCAGGUCUCUGCGACAAUGGUCAGAAAUAUCUCAGCGCCUCAACAUGCGCAGUAAGCGGGUUAUGGGCAAACAUGACCUCUCGUAUGACCGUCACAAGUCUAAUCAACGCAUCAACAACCAUGUUCGACAACCGAGCCGAAACCCUCGUCUCCAGCGACUUCCUCAACACGCUCCCUACGACAUUAUGGCAGGCAGACGCAGUCGCUCUAUCAAAAGAGUGGGCGAACAGCAUAACCUCGCAGAUCUCUAACCAGAACCGAACUGUAGCAGACAAUCUGCUCCGAUCAUUGUUACUAACCGAGAACGUGUGCCCCGUAAAUGGCAGCUACACCCUAAACUCAGCGAACUUACUAUCCUCCCGGCCUAUGAUGCACGAAGCCCUCGUCUCAGCCCUCGUGGCAAAUGGGAUGUCCCACGCGACAGGACCAUUUGAAAUGUCGGAUUCGAGCCUACAAAGCGGUGAUUUUCAAUGGACCAACGCCAAUGGCGACAAAAUCAAACCCGCCGGGUUGAUUCUCACAUUCCAGUCCAGCGUGGUGGGUUAUGCCUGGACCAUGGAUGGGACGGCUAUCAAAAUCGCCGUUCCGAUUCUGAUUAUUUAUUGUCUCUACGUAAUUAGCUAUGUUACAUACACGUUGGUUACGGGGCAUAGUUCGCGUGCCUGGGACACGAUAGCGAGCUUAACGGCAUUGGCAUUUAAUUCAAGGCCUAGCAAGGUGUUGGAGAAUACGAGUGUGCGCAUAUCGCGGACAGAAACGUUUCGGAGUUUGGUUAGUGUUCAGGAGGUGGAGUCGGAGCGAAGGUUGGAGAUGGUUUUUCAGCCGGAUGAGCAGAAUCGUGGAGGAUCACUGCGUCGGGUUAGGGCUGGGAAGGCAUAUUCAUAA